AUGUUGAGGAAAUUCUCAACUAGUGCAGCUGUUUGCAGUGCAGACUGAGUGGGUUUUUUGCCCCCGAAAAAAACAGUUUGAGAUCUGAUGUCAUGAGGUGUGGUUUUGCAAGAGAUUAGAGUAUUGAUCUGAAUAACGGAUGUUGUUCAACAGGAAGAUGUGGGGGCCUCAUGUUAAGCAGGAAAAGAUCAUGAUUUUUCUGUAGUCUGAUUCAGAUUUGUCAGUAAAUUGACAGUUCCACCAUAUUGCUGUUAGUCCAAGAUAAUAGACAAAAAAAAAUCUAUUCUACUCUGUAAGUCAAUAUGAGAGCUGUGGUCCACGUUCUUGCUUUGAAAUUGUCAGACUUUACAGAUAGCAUCAUAUGACCUCAGAAAAAAACUUUUGGACUUAAAGGAGCAUGAAAGUAGGAAGACAGCCAUGGAGACCUCAGUCACAUUGUGGCAGUUUCUGCGUCAAUUACUGGACGAAGGCAGGGAAGAGUUAAUCUGCUGGACAUCAACCGAUGGUGAAUUUAAACUUCUUAAUGCCCAGGAAGUGGCUCGACUUUGGGGACUUCGAAAAAACAAAAGCAACAUGAAUUAUGACAAAUUAAGUCGAGCAUUAAGAUACUACUAUGAAAAGAACAUAAUCAAGAAAGUGAUUGGGAAGAAGUUUGUUUACAAAUUUGUUUCUAUGGCAGACAGUGCCCCAGAGACGUUUAAGUCUGAAGAGGGUAUCAAGGACUCUGCAAUUAGUGGUGUGCAUGAAGAAGGCAUCUGCUUAGGAAAGACUCUAAAAAACCCAUCAAGAAUGUCAAGCAGAAAUGAAUAUAUGCGUUCAGGCCUUUACACAACAUUCACCCUACAGUCUCUGCGGACGUGCAGCAGACCUAAUGUGAGUGAUGAGGACUCCUACAAAAUGCCUCUCCUGCUUAAAACUGAAGAAACAACAGAGAUCAUAGAGAAAGUUCCAGUCCAGAAAUACAUUGCUGUUGAUGAUCAACACAUAGGUAUGUUUCCAAAAAAGGAGCAGUCAGAAAAUCAGGAAACAGAAAUUCAUGCUGUGAAUGAUAAAUGUGAGGAAAUUCAGGAGAUUCAAACUGGGGAGCAUGGCUGCAAACCUGCUAAUAAAAUUACCAACAAUCCUGUUGAAGUUAUGCUAAUAACCAAAGAAAAACCAGAUUUGUCUAGUUCAGCAAAGUCUGAAGAAAUGGUAGGAAAUCAUCAGUCGAGGUCCAGAAAACCCAGAGAUUUGGCACCCCUAGCAGCAGUCAGAUCUGAGGACAGCAUUUCUUCUGCAGAUAAAACCAAAGAAGGUAGUCCGAACCAUCAGAUGACUGCACCACCAGUUACUGUGACACCCACAGUGAUCACACAUCAAAUUCAGACCCCUGUUAUUCCAACUCCUGGAGCGUUUCCAUCAGCUGUCCAUUUUUGGAGCACCCUUAGUCCUGUCACACCACUGAGUCCACUAAAACUUUCAUUCCAGUUCCCUACAUCAGGAAACAACCAGAUCUAUGUUCCAGUUGCUAGCAAGGAGGGACUAUCAACUCCAGUCCUGCUCUCUCCUGGACUGCAGAAGCUCUGACCUAAGAACUUACUGUAAUUUCAGACAUGAGAUCAAUUAGAUGACUUCUACUGUUGAUAUUCUUUCAUAUCACUGGUACUUAACCAGCAGUGCUGCAUAAAGGUGGAGACUUUCAACUAAUAAAUCAAACCAGAGCACAGCUCAGAAAGGUGCUUUAAAAGCAAAAUAAUGUGUCUGCUUAUCUGAACAAAAUAUAGUCAUGCAAAGUUUAAUCACAGAAUAAAAUUACCCCAUUCAGCUUUUCUGCAUGAGAAAUGAAAAUCUUUAAAAUGAGAAAUACUGCUUUGAAUGGGAAGUCAUAAUUUUACAUGUGAAAAUGCAUAUAUACUCCAUCACUGGCAGUUGGUAGUAAACAGGAAGGUAGUCUAUUAGUACACAACACAGAUGAAUUUAUGGGUGCUUCCACUGACUUUUUUGAUAUACAGUUGUUUUUAAGAAACUUUUUCCAGAUCAUUUCUGUAUUGUUACAUGUAAAUUACAUUGUUCAUUUGCAAUGUUGAUUUAUCUCAUAAAGUACUUUUUACAACAUGUACACUUUUACUGUAUGUAUCUUUCAACUGUUGGAUUGUGUUUUUAUUGCCACUGCCUAUGUUACAGUUUCAAGGUUUCUAUUUACUGUGAUGAAGCCCAAAGGUUAAGUCAAAACAUUGUCACUGGAUUACAUGAAUAAGCAUAGUCAGCUUCAGGCAUCAGCAAAAUCUGCGGUCAUUGGGGGCCCCCUGGUCUUGGGGGACCCCAACCACAGCAAGUUGUCUUAUCUUAAUAUUUUGUAACAUGUCAUUUAAACCAACAAAAGCUAGUACAGCAGUGUUGUAGACUUAAUAAACCAGGUGGUUAAUAAUGACUCAUUUAUAUCUGGUUUAAAAAUUUUAAGAUAUCUCUAGUUAUACUACCAGUGGUUUGUCAAGUAACAGGCUUCACAAUUCUGUUAGAUAUGUUACCUCUGACAUAGUGCCCUGGCUUAGUUAAAUCCUGCUGGUGGACAUUCUCUCCACUAAAAAAAACAACAUAAGCUUUAGGUACUUGCAAUACCAGUGGGUGCAGGGGAGACCCUUCAUCAUCCUUGAAUGUGUGGGGGCCCCACAAAGGCUGCUGCUGGUUGGGAAAAAAUGAGGUGUAAAAACUUGUAUAAAUUUUCUGAUUACACUCUUUAACCUGAGCAGGGCUGUGAUAUGACCCUGUUAGAAUAAAGCUAAUAAUGAACAUUAGCAUUGUAAGCACUAGAGAGAUCAGCAGCCCAGAGUGGAUUAUCUCACUGCAAACCUUUGAUUUUAAAAAGAGCUAAUGCUUCCAAUCUUCAGGAAUGUUUUUCUCUAUCAGGGUGUUUUAUAAAUACUGGCAGCACACCAGAUAGUAUAAUUCUCAACAACUUUGCUCAAGAAUUCUGGGUAAAGCCAAAAAUAAUAGUGAAAUAAAAGCUCAAAAUCAGGAACCCAUUUUAAAUAUUACGCUAAUUCACUUACAAAAUUAUUAGAAUAAAUGCAUUUUCCAUCAAAAUGCAUUUUUUGGACAACAGCAGUAUGGAACUCUGAUGUCUGAAUUUAUUGACUGUCUGUAAUCCUGAAUGAUUUACCAGCAAAUCAAAUCUUUUACAAGGGACAGAGAAAAAUUAUGAUAUAAAAUUAGGGAUGGUCUGUGAAAUCAGAGACAGUGACAGGUAUGUACUACUCCUCAAUGAGGUAAAUAAAAGUGACUUACUCCUGCUGCUGUUUGAUAACUGCUAAAUGACAAUCACUGAUCUGUUGUGGAGGUACUGGUGUUGCACAAUGUAUUGCUAUUUGCUGAA